CUGACUAAGAAGUGACCCUUAAAUCCCCUUGUCAUUUCACCAUUAUCUGAUUUGCAGGAAUCCAAGACUUAAGCAAACAUGUCCAACCAGAGUGAGGCAGAACUCAUUCACAGGUUUAAGGGGAUUUCCUUUACCACCAGGUCUUCUCCAGAUCUUUUAAAAUCCUUGGAUACUUUUGAUGCUAGAGAAGAUGAUGUCCUUUUGGUUUCCUAUCCCAAAUCUGGCACACACUGGCUUGCAGGAGUUAUAACAAAGCUUUACAAUACUCAAGUUACACUAACAUCUCCCAUUGAAUUUGGAGACAUAUCCAAACUGGAGGAACUGAAUAAACUCUCAUCAAAGAGAAUCAUCCCAACGCACUUAGACUACAACAUGCUACCUCCAAAUUUUAAGAAUAAAAAAUGCAAGAUGAUCUACAUCAGCAGAAAUCCAAAAGAUACCGCAGUUUCCAUGUACCAUUACUACAGAGAUAACCCAAACCUUCCCACUAUAGACACCUGGACUGCUUUCUUUGACUUGUUCUUAAAAGGAGAUGUUGUCUGCGGAUCCUGGUUUGAUCAUUUCCUAAGUUGGGAAGAACAUGCAAAUGACAAAAACAUUCUGUUUUUGUUCUAUGAAGACAUGAAGAAGAAUCUCCCUAAGAUUGUAAAGGAAAUUAGUCUGUUCCUGGGUUUAAACGUCGGUGACAAUGAUAUCCAAGACAUCUGCAAGAAGUCCUCUUUCUCAGAGAUGAAAAACGACACAGAAAAGGAAAAUAGCGAUCCCAACCACACCGUUUGUGCACUGACAUCCAACAGGAAGCUGAUUUUCCGAAAAGGUGCUGUUGGUGAUUGGAAGAACCAUUUCACUCCAAAACAGAAUCGAAGGUUUGAGGAGAUAUUUAAUGAGAAAAUGAAACUCAGCAAAAUGGCAAAAAGUCUCACCUAUGAAUUUUGACUUCACGUGAAGAACAAUACCCAGUUAUCAACAAACACAAAGCAAUUGGUGGGAAAUUCUCAUUCAGUUUACAAUCCUCCCAAUAGAAAGGACUGCAAACAUGACAUUUUGAGGAUGGGAAAAUUCUGACACAAUGCCAGAGCUGAACUCAGUUUUCAGCAGGCAGAUAUAUAUGGUUUAACAGCCAGGUGUCAGACCCAUUUUUCUACAACCAAAUCUACUUUAAUAUUUAUUUAUUUUUUUCUCUAGAGGGAUACAAAUGGACUUCUUAGAUUGGAUUUAGGAAUUUUACCUAAGACAUUAAGAAAAAAACACAAAACAAACCCGUAAGAAUCUGAAUAUAUAAAAAGUCUAAAAGCACAUCAUAAGAAAAUGACCAAGGAUUUGACCCCAGACUCGCUCCUUCCCUGAACUACCAUUAUUCGGAAAGUGCCUAUCUCAUCAGGCUUUGUUAUUGAUACUGAAGUUGAAAACUGCAGCUGUACAUCUGAAGAUCUGGAUUAAAGUUUGUUUAUAAAGGUCUCUCUCUUUUUUUUUUUUUUUUUUUCAUAAUACGUAGUUCUUUGAUGUAACUUAUUUCUGGGCUAGGUGUUGUAUAGUGCAUGUGUUUUAAACGCAACUGACACAAAUCCACAUAAAUUUCUGCACCAUAUGUUGGGGAACUACAAAUGUGGGCUUUUUCCAUUUGACUUGCUUCUUGCAAAAUGCUUGUUUCCAGUGUUUUGAUGAGAACCAUUUUACUUCACAGUCCUUGUGCAAUAGAAUUAAACAGUUCCACUGUGGCAAACAAACUGCCACGUGGAGACAGUUUAAUCUGAACAUAACUUAUUUAUUUGCCCUGCCCUGAUAAGACAGAUUUUCUAAGAAUCAGCUGUCUGUGUUUACAUCCUAGGGACUGUUCUAGGAACCUAAUGAAGUUUUAGUGUGAUGUGUUUUUUGUCCUUACCUUCCAUUUGCUUUGCAGGCUGGCUUUAAGAAUGCUUCUCCCCAAACUAGUUGUCCCCAGCCAUAAAAUUCCAAGGAAACAGCAGGCAGAAAAAACAGAGCAAAAGCUGAAAAGAAACUCGUGCAGACAAGCAUGAUUACUCUGCUUUGCCUCCUGUGUGCUCGGAAGGUACACAUCUGCAAGGCAAGCUCAUCCCCUGGAUGUGGUGGUUCUGAAUGCUGAGCUAUGGCUUUAUUUACAGUGAACACUAGUGCUCUCUCUAGCCACACAUCUCACACUUGCCACCCAGCCCCUUCAUUUCAUGCCUUGCUUGUGCCAGCUGACAUCAAUACAUAACGAUUUUGCAUCUGCACAAGUGAUGUGCAGAAGUUACAUGCUGAAGAGAUCAGUGAAAGAAAAGCCUUUUCGACUGCAGUCCCUUGCCAUUUGCCAAUUGAACACAAUUUAAGGGAGAUGCUGCCCUGAGCACUGGUUUCUGCAAAUGACCCAUUUGGAAACCAGAAACUUGUUUCUUUGCUCUUCUGACACUAACAUGACUUCAUCUUCCUCUAAAAAUGACACAAACCACUGCUGUCCUCCUCUCAUGUGUCAUUCUUCCACUAGUAAUAAAUGGCAAGAAAUCAGCUAAUGAAGAUGCUUGAACAUUUUACUUAAAGACUUAUUUUUUCUA